AUGCCUCGAUCCUCGGUUGGCAUGAUGGACCGCUCGUCUAGGCCUCCGUCAUGGUCCCCAAUCUCUUGCACCCUCAUCUACUCGGCAAAUGAAGCUGUCCUAGUAGACACGCCCAUCACUAUCAAACAGACAGAGGAACUGAUCGCCUGGAUUGAGAACAUUGCACCAAAGCGGAAGCUCUCAUACAUCUACAUCACCCAUGGCCACGGAGAUCACUGGUUCGGCAUACCCCUCCUGAUGAAGCGCUUCCCGGAAGCCGUUCCCAUCGCCACAGUCGGAACCAUCAAACACAUGGAACAGCAGAUUGAGGAUGGAGUGUUCAACCAGAUGUGGGAAGCCCGCUUCCCGGGCCAGAUCUACCGCCCCUUCACCCUUGCGCAACCUUUAUCCCCAAAGAGCGGUGGAAGCUUCAAGCUCGAGAACCGCUGGGAUUUCAAGGCCAUCGAGUGUGGGCACACCGACACCUACGACUCAACUGUUCUCUGGAUUCCGGACCUCAGACUGGCCGUCUGCGGCGACGUAGUGUAUGGGCAGUGUCACCAGAUGUUGAUGGAAGCGAACACGAAAGCCAAGCGCGAGGAAUGGAUCAGGGCGGUUGAAAUCGUCGAGGCCCUCAAUCCUGCUUAUGUGGUGUCUGGGCAUAAGAUGGCUGGGGAGACUGACGGAAUCUGGCACCUUGCUGCGACCAAAAAGUACAUUCAAGACUUUGGCAAGAUCCUCGAAAAGAACCCAAAGACUGAGAAGGAGCUGUUCCUGGAGAGUUUGAAGUUGUAUCCGGAGAGGUUUAACCCGGGAGCUGCGCGUUUGAGUGCCAUGGGUGCCUUUCAGGUUUCAAAGGAGUCACGUAUUUAGGAUCGUAUUUAGGAUGAGAAGUGCAAAGCGUACAAUAAGGCCGACUACACUGAUCCCUUGCCCCAGUGUCGAC